AUGCACACCAGCGGGAAUCGGCUGGCGUCUGAGGGGCGCGAAUUCGUGCAGGGCUUCAGCCUCCCGGGCGAGGCUGAGAAGGCGGCGAAGAUCCUGGACAGCUUCCUUGCCGACCCCGAGAGACCAGAAUCUGCCCUCAACUCCAUACCGAAAGCUGUCUUGCAAAACGCUCGUGGCCUCGCCAUCUUCCAGGUCAUCAAGGCCGGCUUCGUCUUCUCUGGCAAGGCCGGCUCCGGCCUCGUCAUUGCGCGCCUCCCCGACGGAUCCUGGUCCGCGCCCUCCUGCAUCGCGACCGGCGGCCUCGGCUGGGGCCUCCAGAUCGGCGCGGACAUCACCGAUUUCGUCAUUGUGCUCAACAGCGAGGACGCCGUCCGCGCGUUCUCCAUGGGCGGCAACGUGACCAUCGGCGGGAACAUCAGCGCCGCCGCGGGGCCCAUCGGCACGGGCGGCAGCGUCCAGGCCUCGCUCGCGCAUCCCGCGCCGAUGUUCUCGUAUUCGAAGUCGAAGGGACUGUUCGCGGGGCUGAGCCUGGAGGGGACGGUCCUCAUUGAGCGCAAGGACGCAAACCGGGACUUCUAUGGCUCGCCAGUGCCUGCGCGUGAUAUCCUUGGUGGCCGUGUACCCCCGCCUGAAGUUGCUUCGCGGCUGUACGAGAUCAUAGAGGCCGCAGAGGGCUUGGACGAGACCGGUGUACCCGAGUCUGCCUACGUCCCAACGGCGACCGGCGAACACAUGAACCUCGGCAGACCUGGAGAAAACCACACGGUGUUUGACGCAGGUCUGCAUUGA